CGGGAGCCUCCCCUGGUCAGGAGCAGAGGAUUCGUCUGCCCCGCGACCCGCCCCAGUCACGGCGGGGACGUCGCCCCCUUCGGAUCGGUCGCAGUCGGUCACGCGCCGAGGGUGCCGCGGAGAAAGAGAAGGGGCGGGCCUGGGCGGGCCGGGCGAGCGGAGGCGGGGACUCGCGCUGUCCUGAGGCUGCCUCUUAGGGCCCGGCCGGCGCUGCAGCCGCAGACUUUGGUUGUCACUGCCUCUUCCGACCGUGCUUACUUCGCUGCCGCUGGCCGUCAUCAUGAACCCAGACCUGCGCAGGGAGCGGGACUCCGCCAGCUUCAACCCGGAGCUGCUUACACACAUCCUGGACGGCAGCCCCGAGAAUACCCGGCGCCGCAGAGAGAUCGAGAACAUGAUCCUGAACGACCCAGACUUCCAGCAUGAGGACUUGAACUUCCUAUCUCGCAGCCAGCGUUAUGAGGUGGCUGUCAGGAAGAGUGCCAUCAUGGUGAAGAAGAUGAGGGAGUUUGGCAUCGCAGACCCUGAUGAAAUCAUGUGGUUUAAAAAUUUUGUGCACCGAGGGCGGCCUGAGCCUCUGGAUCUUCACUUGGGCAUGUUCCUGCCCACCUUGCUUCACCAGGCAACUGCGGAGCAGCAGGAGCGCUUCUUCAUGCCCGCCUGGAACUUGGAGAUCAUUGGCACUUAUGCCCAGACAGAGAUGGGUCAUGGAACUCAUCUUCGAGGCUUGGAAACCACAGCCACAUAUGACCCUAAAACCCAGGAGUUCAUUCUCAACAGUCCUACUGUGACCUCCAUUAAAUGGUGGCCUGGUGGGCUUGGAAAAACUUCAAAUCAUGCAAUAGUUCUUGCCCAGCUCAUCACUAAGGGGAAAUGCUAUGGAUUACAUGCCUUUAUUGUACCUAUUCGUGAAAUCGGGACCCAUAAGCCUUUGCCAGGAAUUACUGUUGGUGACAUUGGCCCCAAAUUUGGUUAUGAUGAGAUGGACAAUGGCUACCUCAAAAUGGACAACUAUCGUAUUCCCAGAGAAAACAUGCUGAUGAAGUAUGCCCAGGUGAAGCCUGAUGGCACGUAUGUGAAACCGCUGAGUAACAAGCUGACUUAUGGGACCAUGGUGUUUGUCAGGUCCUUCCUUGUGGGAGAAGCUGCUCGGGCUUUGUCUAAGGCGUGCACCAUUGCCAUCCGAUACAGCACUGUGAGGCACCAGUCUGAAAUCAAGCCAGGUGAACCAGAACCGCAGAUUUUGGAUUUUCAAACCCAGCAGUAUAAACUCUUUCCACUUCUGGCCACUGCCUAUGCCUUCCAGUUUGUGGGCGCAUACAUGAAGGAGACCUAUCACCGGAUUAACGAAGGCAUUGGUCAAGGGGACCUGAGUGAACUCCCUGAGCUUCAUGCCCUCACCGCCGGACUUAAGGCUUUCACCUCCUGGACGGCAAACACUGGCAUUGAAGCAUGUCGGAUGGCUUGUGGUGGGCAUGGCUAUUCUCAUUGCAGUGGUCUUCCAAAUAUUUAUGUCAAUUUCACCCCAACCUGUACCUUUGAGGGAGAAAACACUGUCAUGAUGCUACAGACGGCUAGGUUCCUGAUGAAAAGUUACGACCAGGUGCACUCAGGAAAGUUGGUGUGUGGCAUGGUGUCCUAUUUGAACGACCUGCCCAGUCAGCGCAUCCAGCCACAGCAGGUAGCAGUCUGGCCAACCAUGGUGGACAUCAACAGCCCCGACAGCCUAACAGAAGCAUAUAAACUCCGUGCAGCCAGAUUAGUAGAAAUUGCUGCAAAAAACCUUCAAACAGAGGUGAUUCACAGAAAAAGCAAGGAGGUAGCAUGGAACCUAACUUCUGUUGACCUGGUUCGAGCAAGUGAGGCACAUUGCCACUAUGUGGUAGUUAAGCUCUUUUCAGAAAAACUCCUCAAAAUCCAAGAUAAAGCCAUUCAGGCUGUCUUAAGGAAUUUAUGUCUGUUGUAUUCUCUGUAUGGAAUCAGUCAGAAUACAGGGGAUUUUCUUCAGGGGAGCAUCAUGACAGAGUCUCAGAUUACCCAAGUAAACCAGCGUGUAAAGGAGUUACUCACUCUGAUUCGCUCAGAUGCUGUUGCUUUGGUUGAUGCAUUUGAUUUUCAGGAUGUGACGCUUGGCUCUGUGCUUGGCCGCUAUGAUGGAAAUGUGUAUGAAAAUUUGUUUGAGUGGGCUAAGAACUCCCCACUGAACAAAGCAGAGGUCCAUGAAUCUUACUACAAGCACCUGAAGUCACUGCAGUCCAAGCUCUGACGUGGCACAAGGACAAGUUGAAUCUGCUCCAGGAAAUACUUGUGUGCAGCUCAAAUCUGUGUGGAAUCUUUUUCGAAUUCAAAUAGCUAUAGAGCAAAUGAUAAAUUGACCCCUUUUUAUAAAUGACGGGGAAAAAAAUGAACAGAUUUCAGAGAUUAAAUGAAAAACAGAUAUUUUAAGUGCAAUUAACACUGAAAGAGACCUGUUAAGGAUUCAGAAAAAGCUUAAGAAAUGCGAUAUUACUUCCUUUUAUAAUGCUGCUGAUCCCAAUAGACUAUGACUUUUGAUAAUUAGCAGAAUUUAACUACUAAGUAGUUAAUUAUUUUCACAUUUUAAUUGCUAAUCACUGGCUAUAUAAGGGUUUUUAAGCAAAGGUGUUUUUUGAAGUGGUAUAAAACCCUUCCAAGCUUUCCUGCUCAGUGUCCUAUCAGACUUAACCACGGGGGCCUGGCUUAAAAGCAGGGUUGAAGAAAAGGGACUAGGGAAGGAAACUAAUUGGAAAACUUAAUGUGAAUGAGUUCGUGCCUGGCGCAGUCUCCGCCUGCUUGCUCUCCUUUGCUGAUGGAUUGUGUUUAUCAAACUAUUCAUGCUAGCGUUUCUCCAGCAAGAGGACUUCUUUAGCAUGGGCCUACCAUUGUCUUGUGUAAUUAGUAAUUUUCCAUUUGAAGGAUCAAUAAAUUGUCACAGUAGUAGGAAGCGUAGGGAGAGCUCUCAGCUGUGGCACUGCUGUAACAGUGGUGACCGUAUUAACUGGAUUUUCUGGGACAAUCAGAUAUCAAAUAUUCUGUCAUCUUGGCAUAAGCCAUUAAAAGCCUGGAGGUUACCGUAUUUGGCAUUAAAAAGAAAAUGUCACUUAGGUCACCUCACUCGAAAAAGUAGCACAGAAAAACCCCUCGACACAAACCAUGUGUUCUGAUUUUUGGUUCAGAAAAUAUAAUAAUUGAAACUGUGGGGUUUUUUUUUUUUUUUUUUUUAAACAACUGAGGAAAAACAAAACCAAAAAACUAUAGUUAGAAGAUAAACGGAAGUUCCAUAGGUUCUAGUUCUUAUAUGUAUGGCUUUGUUUUCAGUAUAUUUCUAGGAGCUUCAUCUGAAUUGCUACAUUGUCCUUUCAGUUGAAAUCUAAUUUACACAAUCAUUCUCUAUUUAAAGGCUAAAUACAUACUUCUUAUUUUUUUCUUAAAAUCAAUGUAAGUUACUUUUUUUUUUUAAUCUGUGUCAUAUGCCUCAUGAAACAGCUGUUCUAGAACCAGUCCUAAGAAUAUGGUAUAAUUCCAUGGAAACAUAAUUCUUAUCUUGGGACCUGACAUAAAAUCUAUCCUGGAGAACAGGUAAUAAGAGACUUUUAGGUUACAGCAGAAAUUCUGCAUGUUGACAGAAGCCUUAAUCUUUCCACUGGGAGAACUAAUUGAUAAUUGUGUUAAGAUUGAAGAUUAAACCUGUGUUAAUCUCAUGUGAGUCUGUCUUGACAGUAGUUCAGAUUCUGGGAAAUGAUAGAAAGUAAACUUAAAUGGCUUAAUACUGACCUGCUAGAUGUAGAAUUGUUUCAAAAUUUGUGUUGAAAUACCUUACUCACAGAUGACUAUCUGGGCAGGAUCUGAGGGUGGUUGAAAUGACACCCACCUAAUCCAGAUGCAUAGAUGGACUGUCUUAGCAGGUUUGAGGAGCUCAUAGACACUACAGAGCCCCCUUUGACCCAGUACCUCAAGUUUUAUUUAAAAUCUAAACCUGACAUUUGAUGCUAUUUUUAUUAAUAUUUGGAAUGUUCUGUCUUGAACCUUAUUCAGUAUAAUCAAAGAAUAAAGAUAUAGUAAACUUCA